AAUGUGCCUAAAUAUAUUUUUACGUUUCUCCCUUUCUCUCAUAUUUGUUCUUUGAAGUGGAAAGUUGAGUGGGUUUCAGCGGAAGGGGAAGCGGUUUUCCGAGAGCAAUUUCUGAGACAUCAUCAUGGUGAGGAAAAGGAGAACCGAGCUUCCUAGUGAGGGUGAAAGCUCUCAGUCUCAGCAGGAAGCCAGCGGGGGCGGUAGUGGUAGGGGUUACCAACAGCGAGCUCCUGAGAGUGCUCCACCCCAGCAGCAACAGGGAGGAGGAGGAGGAUACCAAGGUGGUCGAGGUUGGGCCCCCCAAGGAAGUCGGGGUGGUUAUGGUGGAGGUUAUGGUGGGGGGCGUGGCGGUGGUCGUGGAAUGCCACCACAACAGCAAUAUGGUGCGGGCCCACCUGAAUAUCAAGGUAGGGGAAGGGGUGGGCCACCCCAGCAAGGUGGCCGUGGAGGGUACGGUGUUGGUGGCCGCGGCGGCAUGAGUGGUGGCCGUGGCGGAGGACCUUCCUCUGGUGGCCCAUCAAGACCACAAGAUCCCGCCCUGCGCCAAGCAACUCAGGUUCCACAUCACCCUGGGGUCGUUCUGUCUCAGCCCACGCCUUCAGAGGCGAGUUCGUCUUCCCAACCUCCCGACGUAUCUCAAGUGGUCCAGCAGGUUGAGCAACUCGAUAUCCAAGAAGGCCAGCAAAUUCAACCCGUGCCACCAUCUAGUAAAUCAAUGAGGUUCCCUCUACGGCCUGGCAAGGGUAAAACUGGAACAAUGUGUAUAGUUAAGGCAAAUCAUUUCUUUGCUGAAUUACCUGACAAGGAUUUGCACCAGUAUGAUGUUACUAUAACUCCGGAGGUGACAUCACGUGGGGUCAACCGUGCUGUAAUGAAACAGCUGGUGACAUUGUACAAGGAGUCGCAUCUUGGAAAUCGGCUACCUGCCUAUGAUGGGCGAAAGAGUUUGUAUACUGCCGGGCCGCUUCCAUUUCAAAAUAGGGAGUUCAGAAUUGUACUUACUGAUGAAGAUGAUGGAACUGGUGGACCAAGGAGAGACAGAGAGUUUAAAGUUGUGAUAAAAUUGGCUGCACGUGCAGACCUGCACCAUUUAGGACUCUUUUUGGAGGGUCGGCAAGCUGAUGCACCGCAAGAAGCCCUUCAAGUUCUUGAUAUUGUCCUGCGCGAAUUGCCUACUACUAGGUACUCUCCUGUGGGUCGAUCAUUUUAUUCCCCUGAUCUGGGGCGAAGGCAGUCAUUGGGUGAGGGGUUGGAGAGUUGGCGUGGCUUCUAUCAAAGUAUUCGUCCAACGCAGAUGGGACUGUCUCUGAAUAUUGAUAUGUCUUCUACCGCAUUCAUUGAGCCACUACCAGUAAUUGAGUUUGUCACACAGCUGCUGAAUCGGGACGUCACUUCCAGGCCUUUGUCAGAUUCGGAUCGCAUAAAGAUCAAAAAGGCUUUGCGAGGAGUCAAAGUUGAGGUUACACACCGUGGAAAUAUGCGUAGGAAGUACCGUAUAUCAGGUUUAACAUCGCAGGCAACACGAGAGCUGACUUUUCCGGUCGAUGAAAGAGGUACACUGAAAUCUGUUGUUGAAUACUUCUACGAAACCUAUGGUUUCGUUAUUCAACAUACACAGUGGCCUUGUUUGCAAGUGGGGAAUCAACAGCGACCAAAUUAUUUGCCUAUGGAGGUUUGCAAGAUUGUCGAGGGUCAGAGGUACUCCAAGAGAUUGAAUGAGAAACAGAUUACUGCUUUACUGAAGGUGACCUGCCAGCGUCCUCAGGAAAGGGAGCGAGAUAUAAUGCAGACGGUUCGUCACAAUGCUUACCAUGAUGAUCCUUAUGCAAGGGAGUUUGGAAUCAGAAUCAGUGAGAGGCUUGCUUCAGUUGAAGCUCGCAUUCUUCCAGCACCAUGGCUCAAGUAUCAUGAUACAGGCAGAGAAAAGGAUUGUUUGCCCCAAGUCGGGCAGUGGAAUAUGAUGAACAAGAAAAUGGUCAAUGGGGGAACAGUUAACAACUGGAUCUGCAUAAACUUCUCGCGAAAUGUGCAAGACAGUGUGGCCCGUGGGUUUUGCCAAGAACUUGCGCAAAUGUGUUACACUUCUGGCAUGGUAUUUAAUCCUGAACCAGUGCUUCCACCUUUGAGUGCCCGUUAUGAUCAGGUGGAGAGAGUCCUGAAAACUCGGUAUCAUGAUGCCAUGACGAAACUCCAGCCUCAGAGAAAGGAGCUUGACCUUCUUAUUGUUAUUUUGCCGGAUAACAAUGGGUCUCUUUAUGGUGAUUUGAAACGGAUCUGUGAGACAGAUCUUGGACUCGUUUCCCAGUGUUGUUUGACAAAGCAUGUUUUCAAAAUGAGCAAACAAUAUCUGGCAAAUGUGGCCUUGAAGAUAAAUGUCAAGGUGGGAGGAAGGAAUACUGUGCUCGUUGAUGCAAUAUCAAGACGUAUUCCUUUAGUCAGUGACCGACCUACUAUUAUUUUUGGUGCUGAUGUUACCCACCCUCACCCAGGAGAGGAUUCAAGCCCGUCAAUUGCAGCGGUUGUGGCCUCUCAAGAUUGGCCAGAAGUCACCAAGUAUGCUGGUUUAGUUUGUGCUCAAGCCCAUCGACAAGAGCUGAUUCAAGAUCUCUUCAAGACAUGGCAGGAUCCUGUAAGAGGGACAGUGUCGGGUGGCAUGAUCAAGGAACUACUCAUGUCUUUCAGGAGAGCAACUGGGCAAAAACCACAACGCAUCAUCUUUUACAGGGAUGGUGUGAGUGAAGGGCAGUUCUAUCAAGUUUUGCUGUAUGAAUUAGAUGCUAUCCGUAAGGCAUGUGCCUCUUUGGAGCCCAACUAUCAGCCUCCGGUUACUUUUGUUGUGGUUCAGAAGCGACACCACACAAGAUUAUUUGCUGACAAUCAUCGUGACCACAGUGCUGUCGAUAGAAGCGGAAACAUAUUGCCUGGUACUGUUGUAGACUCAAAAAUUUGUCACCCAACUGAAUUUGAUUUCUACCUUUGUUCUCAUGCUGGUAUUCAGGGUACAAGUCGUCCAGCUCAUUACCAUGUACUCUGGGAUGAAAACAAGUUUACAGCUGAUGGGCUGCAGUCCCUUACAAAUAACCUUUGCUACACAUAUGCAAGGUGCACUCGCUCUGUUUCCAUUGUGCCUCCGGCGUACUACGCCCAUCUCGCUGCAUUUCGAGCUCGGUUCUAUAUGGAGCCAGACCCAUCAGAUACUGGUUCAAUGACAAGUGGUGCAGCUCCUGGACGAGGCGGCAUGGGCGGAGCAGGUCGAGGCACUAGGGCACCAGGUCCAAGUUCUGCUGUGAGACCACUACCUGCACUCAAGGAGAAUGUUAAAAGGGUUAUGUUCUACUGUUAGGCUAGCUGGUUCCUGUCCAGGGGUCAACUCUAUGGUUUUGUUAAAAUACUGGUUAAAUCCUUCUGUUAAUCUUCGUCAAAACUUCAUUUAAUUUUCCUCGAUAAACUGAUCAAGACAUUUUUUGUUAAUGAAUGUCUUUAGGUUCCUUUUUCUGGGUGAAUGGUGAAUCUAGAAUUUCUGCGUUCUUCUUGGGAUGCAGUUUUAUUUUUA